CUUUUGUUUUUCUCUUCUUUCUAAAUCAUCCUUUCUCCCUAUUUUCAAGAUUCUUCAUUCACCCUUUUUUUCCCCAUUUUUCUCUCCAUCUUUUCUUCCAUUUUUCAACACCCUUUUGCUUUAAUUACAAAACCCAUAAUUUAUUUUCAUAAAAAAUUCAAUUAAAAAAAAAAUUAUUUCUAUGGCGGAAGAACAUGAAUUUCAAUCCCAAGAAGGUGGACGUCACCAAUUAUGUGCAAAUAAUUGUGGUUUUUUUGGCAACUCUACCACCGAAAAUUAUUGUUCAAAAUGUUAUCGCGAUAUCGAAAAACAAAAAUCCGAUGCAAAAUCAAUCGAUUCUCUUUUUUCUCCGACAAAAAAAGUGUCGAAAAAAAAGAUAAUAGAGCCGAUUGUUUUGAUGACGGAUACAGUAAAUGCUACGACGUCAAAUGUUGUGACGCCGCAGUCGAAUAGAUGUUUGGUUUGUAAGAAGAAAAUGGGGUUAAUGGGAUUUAAAUGUAGGUGUGGGACCAUAUUUUGUGGGACCCAUAGGUAUCCAGAGGUUCAUGCUUGUACAUUUGAUUUUAAGUCAAUGGGGAGAGAAGCUAUAGCUAAGGCAAAUCCAUUGAUCAAAGCUGAGAAAUUAAAGAAGAUUUAAUCCUAACCGUUGGAUUAAAUGACUUUUUCUUUGGUGUUGGAAGUGAUGAAAGCGAUGAUGAUGGUGGUGAUGGUGAUCGUGAUCAUGAUUCUCCGUCGAGACCAAAUUGAAAAUAAAAAGGAAAAUAUUGGGGUUGUUUGGUUCAAAAAAAAAAUUAUGUGAAUGUAAAAUGUAAAUUUAUAUUUUAAUUUUCUUUUUUAGUAUUAAUCCUUUUUUUUCUAGGAAAUAAUUUAUAUUACUUGGCUUGCUUUGUUAUAAAAAGACUUGAAUUUCGCUUUAUUAUUA